GCAGACAGGCUUUAAUUAGGACGGGAACAGGUGAGAGGACAGACAGACGACACCUGGCGGGACUGCGGCCGUCUGAGUUUUCAUACUUCAGCAGAUUUGAGUGAUAAAAACAAACGAGAUGAAUGAGACGGACUUCCAGCUUCUGCUGUCCGAGUACAGCUUCGAGCGGCGCUUCGACGAGAGAGGAGCGAUUGAGUGGAUGCAAGCUAACUGGAGUAAGUCCUUCGUGUUCAGCGCUCUGUACGCCGCCCUGGUGUUCGGAGGCCGGCACUACAUGAAGCCUCGACCCAAAAUGAACCUGCGGCGGCCGCUGGUCCUCUGGUCGCUCAGCCUCGCCCUCUUCAGCAUCAUCGGUGCGGUUCGAACCGGCUCCUACAUGGUUCACGUCCUGAGCAGCAGCGGCUUCAGGCAGUCCAUCUGCGACCAGAGCUUCUACAACGGCCCGGUCAGCAAGUUCUGGGCGUACGCCUUCGUCCUGAGCAAAGCGCCGGAGCUCGGCGACACGGCGUUCAUCGUGCUGAGGAAGCAGAAGCUGCUCUUCCUGCACUGGUACCACCACAUCACCGUGCUGCUGUACUCCUGGUACUCCUACAAAGACAUGGUGGCCGGCGGCGGCUGGUUCAUGACCAUGAACUACGGCGUGCACGCGCUCAUGUACAGCUACUACGCGGCGCGCGCCGCCGGCCUGCGCGUGCCGCGGCCCUUGGCCGUGCUGAUCACCAGCGCUCAGAUCGGUCAGAUGGGCAUGGGGCUGACGGUGAGCGGGCUGGUGUACCGCUGGAUGCAGCACGGAGACUGCCCGUCCCGCCUGGACAACAUCGCCUGGGCCUCGCUCAUGUACCUCAGCUACCUGCUGCUCUUCUCCAACUUCUUCUACCAGACGUACCUGCGGCGCGGCGGCGAGGGGAAGUCCAACAAGACGGAGUAGAGCCCAGAGUCUCUAAAAACACAAACUGCAAUCUGACAUUUUCCUCCAACAACCUGUUCAGGGUGAAGUCCUCCAGCUGCGGGCGGCGGCGUCCUCCUCCUCCUCCAGCUGCGGGCGGCGGCGGCGUCCUCCUCCUCCUCCAGCUGCGGGCGGCGGCGGCGUCCUCCUCCUCCUCCAGCUGCGGGCGGCCUCCAGGAGAGGCAGGCGCCGCUUUGUUUUACGGGUCCCGAAGUUUCUUUAACUUGCUAGAAAACUAAAGCUUCCUGGAAGACAGGAAGCAGUCCUGCCCCUGCUGAAGUUCGUCUCCGGGCAAACAAACGCGUCCAGAUCAGGAAACGUUUUUAAAAGAGCGAGUUUAAAGUAAAGGCCAGGAGCCGAUCCGGGUCCGACCCGUAAACCGAAGCCGCGCCUCUUCAUCGUCCAGCUGCAGAUUUGAGGGAAAACGAAGACGGAAGUUUAGAAGUUGAACGAACAAAAUGACGAUUAGGUCUGUUUUUAUUUUAUCUGCAGCUGAUGAAACGGAUUUUAUUAGAAAACGUUCACUUUUUUUUAAAAAAUGCAUUCAUGUGUUUAUUGGCCCGACAACACAUGUUCACGCGUCACCACGUCAACAAACGCCGCCUCCCCAUCACACCUGCCGCCCCCACUCUGCUCGGACCGGUGUAACUGGUGUCACCUCGGCACACCUGAGCCAAUCAGGAGGCCUCUCCUUCUGUUCACAGCUGCACUGAGGUUAAAAUCCCUUUUUAACUUUGAGGUUUAUAUUCGAUUUUACUCUGUAAAACAUUAACCCGUCAGUGUUUGACUCGUUCAUUCAGGAGCUUUGACUCUUUAACAGAAGACUGUCCGAGUUCCCGGAGUCAGAGCUGACGUCUUGUUCUCCGACUAACAAAGACUCAGUUUACGGAGAGAAAACUGCAAAUAUCUUGUAAACGAUUUGAACGACGAGUCUUCGAUCAAAAACUGUCAGUUAAAUUUCUGUUUCAGCUCUAAACUGUUUCACCAAAGGAAGUUCUUCUUCUUCUUCUUCGUUGGUGAAAGGUGACGUCUCUGAAGGAGACCCGACAGCAGCUCGCAGUCCUCCAUCCAAAAUCCACAGCUGAGAAGCAAAAGAAUCUAUUUAUUAGUAUUUAUUUGACGUAUGACGGCAGCCAAUCGGUGGCCGGAAGUCUCCAAACGCACGCGUUGAUUCACUUCCACUAAACGUGUUCAUCGUCACUCCGUUAUGGAAAUCACAGGCUGAGCAUUUCUGAUUUUGUACGUCUCGUAUUUUGCACCAGAGAGAGUUUGACUCUAGUUUUCCUAAAAAGUUAACCAACAUCUUCCUCACAAACCUGCUUCCUUCUGCAGCCGUUCAUCUGUUGUUAUUAUUAUUAUUAUUAUUAUUAUUAUUAUUAUUGUUGUUGUUGUUGUUAAAGUGUGUGAUUGUGAAAGAUUCUGAGUUUUAAAGGAGACGUUCAGCUGUUUGUUAAAUGACAGCUGACGGAUGAUGAUGAUGAUGAUGAUGAUGAUGAUUUCUGUAUGAACACACUGGACUCUGACUCUGCUGUUUAGUCUGAAUGAGAAACACACACAGAUCUUCAGGUUUAAAUGUUUUUUUUUUAUUAUUGUUUGGAAAAAAAAAUGUAAUAAAGAUGUUUUUGUUUAUAA